AUUGUCUUUGUGUUAGGGUAGUGGAUGUGGGAUUUUUUCAUUAAAUCUCUGUUUACUUGCAAACAAAAUGGGCUCUCACAUAGAUGAUAGUAUCUUAUCUACAUAGAUCUAACAUUGAGUUGACAUUUUAUGAUCAAUGCUUUAGAUUAAAGAACAAAUCCAGAUCUCUUAGUACAUUCAUAAAAAUGUCUCAUUUGUUAGAGAAUAAAUUAUCACCUAGUUCAUCAACUAUACUCUUUCUUUAAAUAAAAUAUUAUAAACAGGCCCUAAAUAUAGACAUUUUUUAUGAGAUAACAAUUGUAUACUGACAAAUCAAAAAUGUGUAACAUGGUAUUUUCCAUGAACUAGCUUUUUAAACAGAAGAGAGAUAACAUAAUUACUUCUUUCAUACACAAUUAAAGCAUAUUUUGUAAAUUUUAGGAUUAGCACAUGUUACAUAAACAAAGGCUACACCCAUAUGCAAAAGAAAUUAAAAUUAUUUGUACAAUGUACUAUGAGGUAAUACUCGGAGUAAAUGCCAUUGUUAAAGAAAUUAACACACAAAACUGACCAAGCUCAUUAUUGUUAUCAAAAUUUAUUGUUCUUGCCGUGGUGGUCAUGGCUACGCUCAUCCAGGAGAAUGGUAUCAAAGAGCUAAGCAAGGGCACCCACGGGGUCGUUUCAAACCAUGGCAUAUCAUCGCAUACAGUUCCGAGCCACAUGGUGCCCGACCAUGAGUACUGCGAGGCGAGCGCGGCGCCCGAGCCGGCGGCCGCAUGUAGCGACGGCGCCGCUGUUCCCGCGCCCCAAGCCGCCGACGACGACGAGGAGACGCCCGAGAUUGACAUAAUGAUAAACAAUGUCGUGUGCAGUUUUAGUGUUAAGUGCCACCUGAACUUGAGACAAAUCGCUUUGAAUGGUGUUAAUGUUGAAUUCCGCCGCGAGAACGGCAUGGUCACAAUGAAGCUGCGCCGCCCGUACACGACGGCCUCGAUCUGGUCGUCGGGCCGCGUCACAUGCACGGGCGCCACUAGCGAGGAGCAGGCUAAGGUGGCCGCACGACGGUAUGCUCGCGCCCUACAAAAGCUUGGUUUCCAAGUGCGCUUCCAGAAUUUCCGGGUAGUCAAUGUAUUAGGAACAUGUCGAAUGCCAUUCGGCAUACGGAUCAUAUCCUUCUCCAAGAAAUAUAAGGAAGCAGACUAUGAACCUGAGCUCCACCCAGGUGUUACAUAUAAGCUGUAUAACCCUAAAGCUACAUUAAAGAUAUUCUCCACCGGUGGUGUGACAAUCACAGCCCGCAGCGUGAGCGAUGUGCAGUCGGCGGUGGAGCGCAUCUUCCCGCUGGUGUUCGAGUUCCGCAAGCCGCGCUCGGCGGCGGACGAGGAGGCGCUGCGACAGAAGCGCGCGGCGCGUGGCGGCGGCGGCGGCGGCGGGGGCGGCGCCGCGCGUGCGCCCUGCGCGCCGGCCGCGCCCGCCGCCGACGUGGACAUGGAGCGCCACGACUCCAUGCACCUGGUGACGUUGUCGUACGAGGAGGAGGCGGACGCCGACGAGUGGGAAUGACGCGGCCGCGCCGCGCCCUCGCGCGCCUCCGCCGCCCAGUGACGCUCCCGAUGCGACGUCUCUUGCGAGAACGAAACGAACUUUUGUUUGGCAUCGAAGCAAUAACUUUCGGUUGUUAGUGCGAUCGCGUGUAUCGUGUGAAUUGUCGGCGAGCUGUUCGGUUCAUGCCAAAGAUAUUUAUUAGGGGAGGUGCUUUGCGCACGGCCCCGAGGCCCGGCGUGGCCGCUCGGAGGCGCCGCCGUGUCCUUCGGGGCCGCUUCGUUGAACGUUUCGCGGAGCGCCCGCGCUUCUUCACCCAUCGUCUCUGCGAAUGUAUCGUUUUUGUGAUGCUCCUGUGACCUCUUUAGUGUGCGUAGAUGAAGUCUGAUCGUUUACGUUUAAACCAAAAUUGUCGUAACACUAAAAUAUGUUUGUAUAAUAAAACUCGAUGACGAUACUCA